UAACGGAAUUUAAUAACCCUACCACGAUUAAGCUUUUCAUCUUGCCGCUUCUGCGAGAACCCUUCUUCUAUUCACAUGGAAGGAUUGAGUGUAUCGGAUGCUAAUUUGGUAGUGUAUGUCCAUCCCUCACGGAGUAAGAAUGUUUCUCAAGCGAUACUUCGUGAGCUCAGCUCCUUGCUCUUCAAGUUCAAUGAAACUUUUGAUGGUGUUGUUCUGGCUUAUGCUGUCAAUGCUCUAGAUAAACAUGCAAGAAUUCUCUCUGGAGUUCACCCAUACUUUGGUGUGAGACUAAAAGCAAAUCUGUUACUUUUCUCCCCAAAGCCAAAUAUGCUUUUAGAAGGGAAGGUGGUCAAACUUAUGCGAGAAUCGAUUCAUGUUAUUGUCCUUGGUUUUUCAUCUGCUGUUAUAGUAGAUGAAGACAUUCGUGAUGAAUUUAGAUAUAAAAGUAAACGUGGUGAGGGUAAAUAUGUUAGCAGAGUUCACAAACGACAUACAAUAAAGGUUGGAACCAUGAUACGCUUUUUAGUCAAGAGUUUGGAUGAGGAAAUACUACACAUUUCUGGAUCCUUGAUUCCAGAUCACACUGGAAGUGUUGGUUGGUUGGAUGGAGACGUGAAAAAUUCUACCACUGAGAGUAACAAGAAGAGGAAACAGCCUGAUGGAGAAAUUGAAGUGCAAGAGCUUGGUAUUGCAAGUGGGGACACGCAUUCCGUGAACAAUGACCGUGAGAUUAAGAAGAAAAAGAAACGUAGAAAUGCAGAAGAGCAUUGAAACCUUCUGUGGGUUCCUGAUUCUUUUCUACACUCUUUGUUCCUGUUAAUUUCAACUAUUCUGUAUAACUAAUUCAAGGAAUUCUACUAUAUAUUUUUUGUUCUACUUUGAGUAUCAAAUUAUGCACCAAUCGCAAUUGAUCCAUAAUCGUUAACUUGGUGGAA